AUGGACUCCCCUCAGACAGACUGGAAUUCCAACGACGAAUUCUUCAAAUUCACGCGUGGUCGCUUUAUUGUAGACGAGUCGGAGAAUCUCCGAAAGCGAGAGAUCAGAUUUGACCUGAAUAGACUCGCAAGUGUCGCUGCUGAGUCAGUCGGCGCAGCUCGAUGCAUCUCCAUCGAAAAGUACCCCGACGGCAUGUUCAACAAGGCAUAUCUCAUGUCCAUGGACGAUGGUCAGGAAGUCGUCGCCAAGGUGCCGAACCCGAAUGCCGGCAUCCCACACUUUACUACUGCCAGUGAAGUCGCCACUAUGGACUUCGCCAGAAAAGUUCUUGGCACCCCAGCGCCUCGUGUCUACUCAUGGAACUCGCAUGCGAGAUCGCACCCAGUUGGGGCCGAGUUCAUCAUCAUGGAGAAAACCGAAGGUGUUCCGCUGUCUCAAGUCUGGGACACGCUGAAACUACCUCAGAAGCUUCAAAUCCUUCUUGCCAUGACACGUCUUCAGAAGCAAUGGCUGAGUGUCUCAUUCUCGCAUUACGGUAGCUUGUACUACGCGCGAGACGUGCAGCCACCGGCAGGCAGUCACUACGUCAAGGAUGGCGAGGCCGUCAAUGACUCGGAGUUUGUCAUCGGCCCUGCUACAGGCCGGGAUUGGUUUGAUGCCGGCCGAUCACUUUUGGAUAUCGAGAGAGGGCCAUGGGCUUCUUUGACGCAGUACCUCCAAGCAGUUGGAACGCGCGAGACAAAAGCAAUCCAAGCUUUGAACCCCCCCAAGCAAAUCGCCUUGUUUCGUGGCCCAAAGCUUUACCAACCAGACGCAGAGAAGAAGCUUACUGCUCUAGCAUGGUAUCAACAAAUUGUGGAUGCCCUUAUUCCAAAGGACACUGCCAUGACUAACCCGCGCCUUUGGCAUAAUGAUUUGCAUGAUGACAACAUCUUCGUGGACCCUCAAAACCCCGAAAAGAUUACGGGGAUCAUCGACUGGCAGUCCUGCCAUAUCUCGCCGCUCUUUAACCACAAUCCUGAUCCGGCCUUCCUCCACUGGGAUGGCUCAGAGCCCGAGACGCUCGACCUGGUACCAAGGCCGAACCUCUCCGAGCUUUCCCCAGAAGAAAGGUCUGCGGCCGUGCGUGAGUAUACCAUACAUAAUGUGUUCAUCGGAUGGCGUAAACUCAUGCACGCCAAGAACCCCGACCUGUAUCGAGUGGUCAACUUCCGAAAGACGCCAGCGUAUGGACUGAUAUUUCUCGCCCACCGCAUGUUCGAAUACGGCGAGGCGCACUUCCAAUCGCUUCUAGUGGAUAUGGAAGACACCUGGGGAGAGUUACCUGCUAUAACCAGCGACGUCCCAUUCCCGGUCCACUUUUCGGACGCGGAGAUUGAGCGGAUCAAGCGGGACAGCGAUGGCGCGGUAGCAGGGACCGAACUGGUUGCAGAGGUCAAGGAACAACUGGACGAUUUGUGGCCGGAUAAGGGGUUCAUUGAGCACGAGCGAUACGAUGAUUGCAAAGCUGCUCUUCACGAAAUCAAGAAUCACAUCUUGGAGCAAUUGGCCGAAACCGAUGAGGAAAAGGCGGUGUAUGAGCGCUAUUGGCCGUUUGACUGA